AUGACUAGAAAAAACACAGGAACUUGGUAUAUCUUAUUUAUUUUGACAGCGUCCUGUUUGUUACUACGAGAGCUCAGGCCAGUGGCGUGCUACGACCUGAUAUCCGGACCGCUAGCUCCAUGUACGGAGCGCUUCUGCCAGCCCCCAGCUUGUCGCUGCCCGAGUCCUAACCCGCCAAAUAAUUUAAACCCCAGCGCUGUGCCUCAGAUGGUCAUAGUUUCAUUUGAUCUCGCCGUUACCGCGUACGUUGCCAGCUUCUUCGAACAAUUAUUCCCCAUCGACAUUAUCAAUCCCAACGGAUGCCCCAUCGCAGCUACAUUUUUCGUACCGGAUCAGGAAAGGACGGAUUACAACGCUGUCCGGCAGCUAUACGCGCGGGGCCACGAGAUCGCAAGUAACAGCCAGAGCAGACGACAACCUCCUCUGUGGUGGAACAGCGCCUCCUACUUGGACUACGUUUACGAAAUCUACGGACAGAGAAUCAACUUGGAAACAGGAACAGAUAUACCCGAGGGUAAAAUAACCGGUAUGAGAGUGCCAUAUUUGCAGCCGGGAGGAAAUAACAUGUACAGAAUGCUGCGAGACUAUAAUUUCACCUACGAUUCCUCCAUGGUAACGGGACCGACGUCGGCACACAAUUACGCAGUUUUCCCACCUUUCUAUCCAUUCACAUUAGAUAUCCCGCCAAAUAAUACACUCUGUGAUAUCUACCCUUCAAACUGCCCAAACGCAUCUUACCCAGGACUUUGGGAAAUUCCAAUUAAUCGAAUGUACGGCACAGACGGUCAAGGGUGCGCCAUGAUGGACGAUUGCAAAGUGACCACCUCAGACGAUACUUUCAAUGUCUUGCUGGCUCAGUUUUUCUCGGAAUAUUACAACAGAAAGCGCGCUCCAUACGGGCUUUAUUUCCAAGGAAAGUGGCUGGAAAAUAACCAAGCUUUUGAUGGACUAAAGCGUUUUAUUCGAUACAUUAACAAAAUGGAUGACGUUUUCUUUGUCACUAGUAGCCAGGUUAUUGAAUGGAUGAAACAACCGACGCCUCUGUCACAAAUUAACAGCUUUGCGCCAUGGCGGAGUAAUAGUGGUCUCUGUGGAGAAAAGAAGUAA